UAAUGUGUCUCUGGAGACAAUAACAGCAGGACGGCGGGGGGAUUCCACCAAAUUUUGGAGGAGAAUGGGAUUAGGAACGGGGAAUGAAAGAUACACAUUGACAUCAACCUCUGAGAAUGAGCAUAAAAAGAAGAAAAAAGGAAAGAAAGAUCAAAAAGACCUAGAAGAAUUGAAGAAAGAAGUGGACCUGGAUGAUCACAAGCUGACACCAGAAGAGCUUCAGCGUAAAUAUGGCACUGAUCUUAUUAGGGGUUUGUCCUACUACCGUGCCAAGGAGAUUCUUGAGCGUGAUGGGCCCAACGCUCUAACCCCCCCUCCAACAACCCCAGAAUGGGUCAAGUUCUGCAAACAGCUCUUUGGUGGAUUCUGCACUCUGCUGUGGAUUGGUGCUUUCCUUUGUUUUCUGGCCUACACGAUACAGGUUUCCACAGAGAGUGAGCCUGUAAAUGACAAUCUGUACCUUGGUAUUGUACUUGCAGCUGUGGUGAUGAUCACAGGAUGUUUCUCAUACUAUCAAGAAGCUAAGAGCUCAAAGAUCAUGGAAUCCUUCAAGAAACUUGUUCCACAGCAAGCCCUGGUUAUUCGAGACGGUGAGAAGAAGAGCAUUAAUGCUGAAGAUGUGGUGGUUGGUGACCUUGUGGAAGUUAAGGGUGGUGACCGAAUCCCUGCUGAUCUGCGGAUUAUUGCUGCACAGGGAUGCAAGGUGGAUAACUCUUCUCUUACUGGCGAAUCUGAGCCCCAAACUCGCACCCCUCAGUUUUCCCAUGAGAAUCCUCUAGAGACAAAGAAUAUAGCUUUCCUGUCCACAAACUGCGUUGAAGGUUCUGCCACAGGUAUUGUUAUCAACACUGGUGAUCACACUGUGAUGGGUCGUAUUGCUACCCUUGCCUCCAGCCUUGAAGUUGGACAGACCCCAAUUAACAUAGAGAUUGAGCACUUCAUCCACAUUAUCACUGGUGUGGCAUUUUUCCUGGGUGGAACCUUCUGCAUUCUUUCCCUCAUCCUUGGAUAUGGCUGGCUGGAAGCUGUCAUUUUCCUUAUUGGACUCAUUGUUGCUAAUGUGCCCGAAGGUUUACUUGCUACAGUCACUGUGUGUCUGACUCUGACUGCCAAACGAAUGGCCAAGAAGAACUGUCUGGUGAAGAAUCUUGAAGCUGUAGAGACACUUGGUUCCACCUCCACCAUUUGUUCUGACAAGACUGGAACCCUCACCCAGAACCGUAUGACUGUAGCUCACAUGUGGUUUGACAAUGAGAUCCAUGAAGCCGACACCACAGAGAACCAGAGUGGAACCUCUUUUGAUAGAAGCUCUCCCACAUGGUCAGCACUUGCUCGUGUGGCUGGCCUAUGCAACCGUGCUGUCUUCCUUGCUGACCAGGCCAAUAUUCCAGUUCUUAAGAGGGACACCACUGGUGAUGCUUCAGAAUCUGCACUACUGAAGUGUAUUGAGCUCUGCUGUGGUUCAGUGAAGGACAUGAGAGACAAAUACACAAAGAUUGCUGAGAUCCCCUUCAACUCCACCAACAAAUACCAGCUUUCAAUCCACAAGAACCCCAAUUCCACAGAGACCAAGAACCUGCUGGUAAUGAAAGGAGCCCCUGAAAGAAUCCUGGACAGAUGCUCAACCAUUUUGAUUCAGGGAAAAGAGCAACCCCUAGAUGAUGAAAUGAAGGAUGCUUUCCAGAACGUAUAUGUGAAACUGGGUGGCCUUGGAGAAAGAGUGCUAGGCUUCUGCCAUUUUAAUCUCCCUGAUGAUCAGUUUCCUGAGGGAUUUGGAUUUGACAGUGAAGAUGUAAACUUCCCCACUGAGAACCUGUGCUUUGUUGGCCUCAUGUCCAUGAUUGACCCUCCUCGUGCUGCAGUACCAGAUGCUGUCUCUAAAUGCAGGAGUGCUGGAAUCAAGGUUAUCAUGGUCACAGGUGAUCACCCAAUCACAGCUAAAGCCAUUGCUAAGGGUGUGGGCAUCAUUUCUGAGGGCAGUGAGACAGUAGAAGACAUUGCUGCUCGUCUGCACAUUCCUGUUGAGGAGGCCAACCCCAGGGAUGCAAAGGCCUGUGUGGUCCAUGGAGGAGAUCUGAAAAAUAUGACCCCACAGCAGCUGGAUGACAUUCUGAAGUACCACACUGAGAUAGUGUUUGCUAGAACGUCUCCUCAGCAAAAACUGAUCAUUGUGGAAGGCUGCCAGCGCCUGGGUGCCAUUGUGGCUGUGACUGGUGAUGGUGUCAAUGAUUCUCCUGCUCUGAAGAAGGCUGACAUUGGUGUAGCUAUGGGUAUUGCUGGAUCUGAUGUCUCCAAACAGGCUGCUGACAUGAUCCUUCUGGAUGACAACUUUGCCUCCAUUGUGACUGGAGUGGAGGAAGGUCGUCUUAUAUUUGACAACUUGAAGAAAUCCAUUGCGUACACCCUGACCAGUAAAAUCCCGGAGAUGUCACCCUUCCUCUUCUUCGUCAUUGCUGGCAUCCCUCUUGCUCUGGGCACUGUCACUAUUUUAUGCAUUGAUCUAGGAACAGACAUGGUACCUGCUAUUUCUUUGGCCUAUGAAGGUCCUGAGAGUGAUAUCAUGAAGAGGCAGCCCAGAAAUGCGAAAACAGACAAAUUAGUGAAUGAAAGGCUCAUCAGUAUGGCUUAUGGUCAAAUUGGGAUGAUGCAGGCAGUAGGAGGGUUCUUCACCUACUUUGUGAUCCUUGCUGAGAAUGGAUUCCUGCCCUUGUUUUUGAUUGGACUGCGCGUUAAUUGGGAUGAUCAGUAUUGUAAUGAUUUAGAGGACAGCUAUGGCCAGCAGUGGACUUAUGAACACAGAAAAAUCGUGGAGUACACAUGCCACACUGCAUUCUUUGUCAGCAUUGUGAUUGUGCAGUGGACUGACUUGAUCAUAUGUAAGACCAGGACGAACUCACUCAUUCACCAGGGAAUGAAAAACAAAGUCCUAAACUUUGGCCUGCUCGAAGAGACAGCUUUGGCAGCCUUCCUGUCCUAUUGCCCAGGCAUGGACGUUGCUGUUAGAAUGUACCCACUCAAACCCUGGUGGUGGUUAUGUCCUGUACCGUAUUCACUCCUCAUCUUCAUCUAUGAUGAGGUCAGAAAAUACAUCCUUCGGCGGAACCCAGGAGGCUGGAUAGAAAAAGAGACAUACUAUUAAACCAUCCCUCUGUGACCCCUCUGCUCCCAAUACAUCCAUGGUCACAUCACAAUUUGUUCGGUGCUGAAGUUUAUACCAUAAUAAAAAUGCUUAACCCAGAAAAAA